CGGGGCGCCGUCUCUGCACCACAGACGCGUUGCUAAGGGGGUCUAGCGGUUGCUAAGGGAAGCGCGGCCUGGUUUCCUCGUGCAGCCUGACCUCCACUCCGCUGUCAUGUUCAAGCGGUGACAUGUUUUACGGCAAACUUUAUGGACAUAGGCAUAAUGAACAUCUCCAAACCCUAUUCUUUGUAUAAGGCAGUGACCUUUUUGGCUGUUCCUGCUAGCCUGGGUUUUGCCACUAUUCACGUGCAUGCAGACAGUAAAACAAAGACUGAUCCGAAGACACUCAUAAAAGUGGAAGAGCUUUCUCUCUAUUCUAGUCCAAUCCCAGAAACCCAAUAUGUUGAAGAUAAGAAAACAGAGUUGGAGGAGGGUAUUUCAUGGUUGAGAACAUCUUCUGCACCAUAUACUAACUGGUGUCAGGACGUGUAUGCAAAAGCCAAGCCUAAAGUGGAGACCGCUGUAGAACACUCCAAAGCGACAUAUGAAAUGCUAAGAGAUGCACCACCUGGAUUUUACCCCAGACUUGGCUUGAUUGGGUUUGCUGGAAUUGUUGGAUUAUUCCUUGCAAGAGGUUCAAGAAUAAAGAAAAUAUUUUAUCCACUUGGUUUUAUGGGAAUUGGUGCCUCUCUUUAUUACCCCCAGCAAGCAGCUACGAUUGCCAAGGAUGCUAGUACAGUGGUGUAUGACUGGAGUCUCCAAGGACUUGUUAGUUUAGAGUCUUUAUGGAAAGAUGGUGGAAAAAAGAAAUCCUCAAAAAAACAUGAAAAUCCUGUGAAUUCAGACCAAGGAUUACGCAAUGAAUCAUCAGCUGCCUCGGAAAGCUCCAAGUAAAGAUUUUCCAAAUGAUUUGAAGUUUUAUUGCGGAACAACUAUUAUUUCAACUCAGGAAAUCCACAACUGCAGGCUGAAGCUUCUGAGGAUCUGUGUAAAUUAAGACAGCCAUGGUCUUAAAGGCAUGCCUAUCCAAAGUCCAGAUCUGUUAUUUAUGUACAAAAUGUACACCAGAUAAUAAACUUGUUUGAUUUGCAAAUA